CGACACAAACUGUCAGCUGCAAGGCAGCAACAACAAACUAGAGCAUUUGUGAAGUGUAUCAGAUACUAAUAAUUCUACUCUUGAAAGAACAUAACUGUGAAAGAAAACAUGUCGUCGUUGAAAGGAGUAAACCCUGAGAUAAGGAAAUAUCUACGGAAGCAUCGAAUUCCAGAUGUCUACGAGUGUAUUAUCACAGGCUUAGCUAUUAUGAACCCAGAUGAACCACUGGAAUAUAUUGCUGAUAAAAUACGUGAAAUAAUGGCAAUGAGAACUGACCCACUUCAAGGUUUGGAAUCUGUAAAAUGGGAUAUGCUGAUUCCAGAAGAAAUGAAACCAAAAGAAAAACCUGUCACCAGCAUCUAUUUAGACAGUCUUUUCAACUUUGAUGACGAAAACUUACAGCCAUGGGAGAGGAUGCCUACACCAGAGCAAUAUGCUAAAGCCUACCAGCAUUACAAUGCAUCAUUGAUUCAGAUGUGUUUUGGUGCUUGGAUAUUAUAUCACCAACGCAAAAUGCGCAAAAGGGCAGAGUUGGAAAGGAAAAUGGCUAAUGCAACGCAGUAUUAUCAUCUACGAUUACAAAGAGUAAAUCUACAAAACUGGAGGGCUUGGUUUACAUUCAGAAAAACCAGACAAGAAUUGUCUUUCAACAAAAUACAGAAAGUGUUCCAUACAUCAUUGAGUCGUCUUGUGUUUGAAGCAUGGCAUAAUGUUAUGCUUGAUUCCAGAAGAACAAGGGAGUACUUUGAGAGAUUAGAACGUGGUGAAUUGGGUGAUGAUGAUGAUCAAUUGGGUCCUCGUGGUGAAGCUAGAGAUGAUGUCUCAUUGUUGCCAAGAAAAGCUGCAAUAAAGAUAUUCAGCUUCUGUGAUAUUGUUGAUCUUGGUCGCUGUGCUAUGGUGUGCCGGUCAUGGAAAAUGAUAACACAGACCAGUAGUCUAUGGAGUAGAUUGGAUCUUUCUACUGUUAGAAACAGGGUAACAGAUCAAACUGUGUCAACUUUGAUACAUAAAUGUAGACCCUAUCUUAUACAUUUGAAUCUGAGAGGAUGUGCUCAUUUAAAGAAACCAAGUUUUGUAUCUAUUGGUCAAUGUAAGAAUUUACAAGAUUUAAAUAUAUCAGAAUGUAGUGGUGUAAAUGACGAUAUGAUGAAAGACAUAGCUGAAGGCUGUUCUAUUCUGUUAUAUUUAAAUAUAUCACAUACCAAUAUAGCUGAUGCUUCUCUAAGAGUCUUAUCUAGGUGUUGUGCCAAUCUUCAAUACUUAAGUUUAGCAUAUUGCAAGAGAUUCUCAGACAAAGGUCUACAGUACUUAUCCCAUAGUAGAGGAUGUCGCAAACUUAUCUAUUUAGACUUAUCAGGUUGUACACAAAUUACACAAGAGGGUUACAGAAAUAUGUCUGAGGGCUGUUCAAAUAUCCAGUCCAUUUUUCUAAAUGACAACAAUACACUGAAAGAUGAAUGUCUUUCAGCAGUUACCAGUAAAUGCCAUAAUAUCAGAUCCAUGUCAUUGCUAGGAACUCCUCAUCUCAGUGAUUCAGCAAUUAAAACCUUGGCUCUCAACCGAAGAUUACAGAAAAUUAGAAUGGAGGGUAAUAACAGAAUAUCUGAUUUGGGUAUCAAGCAUCUUGCCAAAUAUUGUCAUGAUCUGAGACAUGUUUAUCUGUCAGAUUGCCCAAGAUUGACAGAUACUGCACUGAAAUCAUUAUCCAACUGUCGUAAUGUGAGUGUCUUAAACAUAGCCGACUGUGUCAGGAUAAGUGAUUCUGGUGUUCGUCAGAUGGUAGAAGGACCAUCUGGACCAAAGAUACGUGAGCUGAAUCUAACCAACUGUGUUAGAGUUAGUGAUGUAUCUAUACUAAGAAUCAUGCAAAAGUGUCAUAAUUUAUCCUAUGCCAGUUUUUGUUUCUGUGAGCAUAUAACUGAUGCUGGAGUUGAACUACUAGGUAGUAUGCCAUCAUUAAUGUCAGUUGAUAUCUCAGGAUGUAAUGUUACUGAUUCGGGGCUUGCAUCUUUGGGAAACAACCCCCGACUAUUAGAUGUCACUAUAGCAGAAUGCUAUCAAAUCACUGACUUGGGAAUACAGAAAUUUGCCCAGCAGUGUCGCGAUUUGGAACGCCUUGAUGUCUCACAUUGUUCGUCUUUGACAGAUAGUGCUAUCAAAAAUUUAGCAUUUUGUUGUCGACGUCUAGUUGUGCUCAAUUUAACAGGCUGUCAACUGCUUACUGACUUGAGCAUCCAGUACCUUUCUGGGGUUUGUCACUACCUGCAUAGCUUAGAUAUUUCUGGGUGUGUGCAUGUAAGUGAUAAAUCCUUGAGGUAUUUGCGCAAGGGGUGUAAGCGCAUUAAAGUAUUGGUCAUGCUCUACUGUAGAAAUGUCACCAAGACUGCUUAUUUGAAACUGCAAGGAAAGAUUCAGUCAGUAACCUGGAACAAUGAUGACCCACCUGCCUACUUUUCAAAAUCUCAAGCUUCAGUCACCAGGCUUAAGAACCCGGAAUUGGUGGCAGGCUCUGGAACUGGUUCCGGUUGA